AUGGGAGCUUUGCAGAUUGCUGGAUUUUCCAUCCUUUUCUUUCUCCUCCACUCUGGAAACACUCUGGCAAAUAAAGCCAGUCAAGAUGUCGAUGAGUGCGUGGAGGGCACCGACAACUGCCACAUUGAUGCCAUCUGCCAGAACACUCCCAAGUCCUACAAAUGCAUCUGCAAGUCCGGCUACACCGGCGACGGGAAGCACUGCAAAGAUGUCGAUGAAUGCGAGCGGGAAGACAACGCGGGCUGCGUCCAUGAGUGCGUGAACAUCCCCGGCAACUACCGCUGCACCUGCUACGACGGCUUCCGCCUGGCGCACGAUGGCCACAACUGCUUAGACCUGGACGAGUGCUCGGAGGGCAAUGGCGGGUGCCAGCAGACCUGUGUCAACAUGAUGGGCAGCUACGAGUGCUUCUGCCGGGAGGGCUUCUUCCUCAGUGACAACCAGCACACCUGCAUCCAGCGCCCUGAAGAAGGAAUGAACUGCAUGAACAAGAACCACGGCUGCGCCCACAUCUGCCGGGAGACCCCCAAAGGGGGCAUCGCCUGUGAGUGCCGCCCUGGCUUUGAGCUCACCAAGAACCAGCGUGACUGCAAAUUGACCUGUAACUAUGGGAACGGGGGUUGCCAACACACCUGCGACGACACGGACCAGGGACCCAAGUGUGGCUGCCACGUCAAGUUCCUGCUCCACUCCGACGGGGUGACGUGCAUAGAGACGUGUGCUGUGAACAACGGGGGCUGUGACAGCAAGUGUCACGAUGCGGCCACGGGCGUCCACUGCAGCUGCCCCAUGGGCUUCAUGCUCCAACCCGACAGGAAGACCUGCAAAGACAUUGACGAGUGCCGGCUCAACAACGGCGGCUGUGACCACAUCUGCAGGAACACCGUGGGCAGCUUUGAGUGCAGCUGCAAGAAGGGCUACAAGCUGCUCAUCAAUGAGAGGAACUGCCAAGACAUCGACGAGUGCUCCUUUGACCGGACCUGUGACCACCUCUGCAUCAACACUCCCGGCAGCUUCCAGUGCCUCUGUCACAAGGGCUACACGCUGUAUGGGCUCACACACUGUGGAGACAUCGACGAAUGCAGCAUCAACCGGGGUGGCUGCAAAUUCGGCUGCAUCAACACACCUGGCAGCUAUCAGUGUACCUGUCCCACUGGCUGCAAGCUGCACUGGAACAAGAAGGACUGUUUGGAGGAUUUGAGAUGCCAGGCUGGUUCGGUGCCACCGCGGGCCACCCUCACCUGCAACAAGACAGGCAAGAAGGAUAGCUGUGCCCUCUCCUGCACCUCCAAGGCACGAUUUCUGCCAGAGUCCGACAGCAGCUACACGGUGAGCUGUGGGACCCCCAUCCUGCGGCAGGGUAGCCAGCACAGACCCACAAACAGCAGCCAGCAGUGCCUCGAGACUGUCACUGCACCAGUCAAGCAGAAGGCCUCCUUCAAGAUCAAGGAUGCCAAAUGUCACCUGCACCCACGGGCCAAGGGCAAGCAGGAUGAGGCUGGGAAGGCUGGGGCACAAGGUGGUUCGGCACCUUGUUCUGACUGCCAGGUUACCUUUGUCAACCUCAAGUGUGACUCAACCAAGAAGGGGAAGGGCCGCCGGGCUCGCAACUCACCCAGCAAAGAGGUGACACGCAUCACAUUGGAGUUCGAGGCGGAGAUCAAGCCAGAGGAGAUCACAGCCAGCUGCAACCUGCACUGCCUGCGACAGAGAGUGGAGAAAAAACUGAAGUCAGCCAUCAAAGCCCUGAAGAAAUCCAUCAACCAGGAGCGGUUCCUGCUCCGCUUCGCAGGGAUGGAGUACGAGGUGGCGCGGAAGCUGAGCGUGGCCCCGGAGCGGCAGGAGAGCUGCGGGCCAGGCCAGCAGCGCCUGGCUGGCAAGUGUGUCAGCUGCUCGCAGGGAACCUAUUACAAUGGGCAGACGGAGCAGUGUGUGCCCUGUCCCCCCGGCACCUACCAGGAGAAGGAGGGGCAGCUUUCCUGUGACCUGUGUCCCCGCGGCGACACAUUCGGACCCGUAGGAGCCACCAACAUCACCAGCUGCACAGGUCAGUGUCCCCCUGGCCAGCACUCUGUUGAUGGCUUCAAACCCUGCCAGCUGUGUCCCCGUGGGUCCUACCAGCCCGAAGUAGGACGGGCGCUCUGCUUCCCUUGUGGUGGGGGGCUGACCACCCGCCACGAGGGAGCCCUCUCCUUCCAGGACUGCGACACCAAAGUCCAGUGCUCCCCUGGGCACUACUACAACACAAGUGUCCACCGCUGCAUCCGCUGCGCUGUGGGCACCUACCAGCCUGAUUUCCGGCAGAAUUACUGCAUUGCCUGUCCUGGCAACACCACCACUGACUUCGAUGGCUCCACCUCUGUGUCCCAGUGCAAAAACCGGCAGUGUGGAGGGGAGCUGGGUGAGUACACAGGCUACAUCGAGUCGCCAAACUACCCAGGGAAUUACCCUGCCAAUGUCGAGUGCACCUGGAACAUCAACCCGCCACCCAAGCGCAAGAUCCUCAUCGUGGUGCCAGAGAUCUUCCUCCCCUCUGAGGACGAGUGUGGCGACGUCUUGGUCAUGCGGAAAAACUCCUCCCCAUCCUCUAUCACCACCUAUGAGACGUGCCAGACCUAUGAGAGGCCCAUCGCCUUCACCGCCCGCUCCCGGAAACUGUGGAUCAACUUCAAAACCAGUGAAGCUAACAGCGCCCGGGGCUUCCAGAUCCCUUAUGUCACCUAUGACGAGGACUAUGAGCAGCUGGUGGAGGACAUUGUGCGGGAUGGAAGACUCUACGCCUCUGAAAACCACCAGGAGAUCCUCAAGGACAAGAAGCUCAUCAAAGCUUUCUUCGACGUGCUGGCACACCCCCAGAACUACUUCAAGUACACUGAGAAGCACAAGGAGAUGCUGCCCCGCUCCUUCAUCAAACUCCUUCGCUCCAAAGUCUCAAGCUUCCUUCGGCCUUACAAAUAGCCCCUCCGUGCCCCUGCUGUCCUGGGCCGCCCCACAGCCAAGGAAAC